UGCAACUCUCACUGCUACCUUUGUGUCUCCCGAGGAGCGCAUUUCUCUGUGCACGGUGAAGCUUGUUGAGGGGGAGUGGAGGAAGAGGUCGAGGGCAAUGGCGCGUCAGGUGGUUCUUGCGGUCGUUCUGCUGAUGAUCGCUUCAGUUCAGGCAAGCGCGCAGACUCCGCCUGAGGUGACUAUCAAUUACGUCACCUAUGGAGGUUCCGGGUGCGGCUAUGAGAACACCAACUACGUGCUGUCGAACGACUACAAGACGAUAUCCUUCAUUUUCAGCGGGAUGGCUGUGACCACGGACGGGUCGCCCGCCGACAAGAGGAAGGCUUGCCAGAUAUCGUUCUCUUUGAACUACCCGGAUGGCUGGAGCGUCUCCAUUGGUCAGGUCACGGGCAGCAUGAGCGUUGACAUCGCCAAGAACUCCGAGGGCAUCUUCACGACGCACUUCUACUUCUCUGGACAAAGCGGGACGGCGAUCAUCGAGCGCAAAAUCAAAGGCCCAAAGGUUGGCAGCUUCAAGAUCACAGACAGCUUCCUGACGCUUCUCUGGAGCGAGUGCAACAAAGCGCCCAACCUGAACAUCAAGAUGGUGGUGACAGUAGAGGGCGAGGAGGCUGUGAUGGCGCUCGACAAGUUCGACCCCAUCUUCAAUCUCCAGUGGAGGCAGUGUCCGCAAAAUUGAGACCCCCGUUCACCAUCUCGCACUGACGGUGGCGGGUGAGCGGGAGGAGAUAAAGAGCGGAGGGGUGGGAGAAGAGGGUAGCCGAUUUGUCAGGGCUCACCCUCAGCGGAAUCUAAGGGAAAGAGGCUACGGUCGAUGCAGUGGCACUUUUCAGAAGAUCCUGCCCAACGUUCCUCGGCACUCAUGUGAAGGGAGAGCAUGGAGAUGGCCGCGCGUUCCUAGCCGUAGUUGUAAACGCCAAAAGAAAGUGUGGCCGUAGACACUAGAUGGGAAGCCUUUUGUGUCCCAUCACCAGAUGCAGUCUCACUGCAUCUACUUUAGUAGCUCGUUAUCAUAUAGUACCUUCGCCCUGUCUCCCCUCCCUGCCUGGUCCAAACUGCACUAUUUGUAGAGUAGCAAACGGUACUUUCAUCUACUCUGUGGCCAGCGCUAUUCCGCCU